AUGAUACAGUCAGACAAAGGAGCAGAUCCGCCAGACAAGGACAUGAAGCUUUCUACGGCCACCAAUCCGGAAAAUGGCCUCUCCCAAAUCCUGAGGCUUGUGCUGCAGGAGUUGAGUCUGUUCUACAGCCGAGAUGUGAAUGGAGUGUGUCUCUUAUAUGAUCUCCUCCAUUCCCCGUGGCUGCAGGCUCUGCUAAAGGUGUAUGACUGCCUCCAGGAAUUUAAAGAAAAGAAGCUAGUUCCCGCCACACCCCAUGCACAGGUGUUGUCCUGUGAGGUAGUGGAGCUAUUACGUGAAACCCCUACUUCUCCUGAGAUCCAAGAGCUGAGACAAACCCUCCAGGCUCCACACUUUAAGGCCUUGCUCAGUGCUCAUGACACGGUAGCUCAGAAGGAUUUUGAACCCCUUCUCCCCCCACUGCCAGACAAUAUCCCUGAGAGUGAGGAAGCAAUGAGGAUUGUUUGUUUGGUGAAAAACCACCAGCCCCUGGGAGCCACCAUCAAGCGCCAUGAGAUGACGGGGGACAUCCUGGUGGCCAGGGUCAUCCAUGGUGGGCUGGCUGAGAGGAGCGGGUUGCUAUAUGCUGGAGACAAACUGGUGGAAGUGAAUGGAGUCUCAGUGGAGGGACUGGACCCUGAACAAGUAAUCCAUAUUCUGGCCAUGUCUCGUGACACAAUCAUGUUCAAGGUGGUUCCAGUUUCUGACCCUCCUGUGAAUAGCCAGAAGACGGUGUAUGUUCGUGCCAUGACUGAGUACUGGCCCCAGGAGGAUCCGGCCAUCCCCUGCAUGGACGCUGGAUUGCCUUUCCAGAAGGGGGACAUCCUCCAGAUUGUGGACCAGAAUGAUGCCCUCUGGUGGCAGGCCCGGAAAAUCUCAGAUCUUGCUACCUGUGCUGGGUUAAUCCCUUCUAAACAACUUCUAAAAAGGAAACAACGGGAGUUCUGGUGGUCUAAGCCGUACCAACCUCACAUCUGCCUCAAAUCAACCAUGUCGAUUUCUAUGGAAGAAGAAGAUGACAUGAAGAUUGAUGAGAAAUGCGUGGAAGCAGAUGAAGAAAUAUUUGAAUCUGAGGAACUUUCAGAAGACAAGGAGGAAUUUGUUGGCUAUGGUCAGAAGGUCUUUAUCGCUGGUUUCCGCCGCAGCAUGCGCCUUUGUCGCAGGAAGUCUUACCUAAGCCGGCUGCGUGCCAGUGUGUGCUGCGCUGGCGGCUGCUACAGUGCAGUGGGUGCCCCAUACGAGGAGGUGGUGAGGUACCAGCGACGCCCUUCAGACAAGCACCGCCUCAUAGUGCUUGUGGGACCGUCUGGUGUUGGAGUAAAUGAACUGAGAAGACAACUUAUUAAAUUUAAUCCCAGCCAUUUUCAAAGUGCUGUGCCACGUACGUUGAGUUUUUCUUUCAUAGCAGUUCAUGUUUUGAAAGAGUUGUUUUCUUUGUCCCACGCUUGCAGGAUGCUGGAGCAUGGUGAGUACAAAGGCCACCUGUAUGGCACUAGUGUGGAUGCUGUUCAAGCAGUCCUUGAUGAAGGAAAGAUCUGUGUCAUGGACUUAGAGCCUCAGCGUUCACGGGGUUGGACAGGAGCCGGGCGAGGUCGGGACCCGAACUCUCGGAGGAGAGGAGCCGAAAGUUUCCGGGGACCUGAGUCCACGUUGCCACAACGCCGUAGUUCUCCGCCCCAGGCCCGGAGGGUUCCGAUGCUGCCAGCAAGGCCUCUCCUACAGACUCCUACCCGAGGAGAGGGGCUACUGUCGCGAGGUCAAGCCAGGCCCUCGCGCGCUCCUCGCCCCAAAGUCCGCGGGGGCUGCGGCCCGGAGCGGCUUGGGCGGCGCAGCCCGAUGACGCGUUGCGCUUGCGCGCCCGGCCGGGCGGGGCGGGACGGGCUGUGGCGCCCUGCGCCUGGGGCCGGCGAAAGAGAGAAUGGGGAAGAAGCAGGUGCGUCCUCCACGAACCCUUCCACCUGUACCAAGGAUGAAGACCUACAAGAAAUGGAGGAGUUAGCCCAGAAAAUAGAGACUCAGUUUGGCCAAUUUUUUGAUCAUGUGAUCGUCAAUGACAGCUUGCAAGAUGCAUGUGCCCAAUUGUUGUCUGUUAUACAGAAGGCUCAGGAAGAGCCUCAGUGGGUACCAGCAACAUGGAUUUCCUCUGGUACUGAGUCUUAAUGAAGCCUUUUGAGUAAUGCUGGAGUUUUAACACUGUAUCCUUGUUACAGAGA